GUGAAGAAGAAAAUCCAUCUGUUUAUACAACGAUUAAAACAGGACUUCUCCAUCGUCUUUCGAAAACGAAUGAACAUCAUACUCCUGCUAUUGACUUAGGUCCCACAUCGAGACCUGAUGGUCACGGAGGUACACAACCGCCAAUACAUGAACAUUCCCAUGGACAUGCUUGUAGAGAAAGAAAAGAAGCUGGUGAAGAAGAAAUAGGAACACAAACUUUAAAGAUUAGAAUAUGGCUAGAAAGUGGUAAAAAACAUAAAGAAGGAAGGCGCUUUGUCAGUUAUGAAUUACUUAUUCCAAAUUUAAAAUAG